UGGUGAAUUAUAAUAUGACCACACUGGCGUAGUUCAGUGAGUAACCGUACAUACAUGUAGCAGCAACCCUAGUUCUCGUACCACGUGUGUUCGCAACUGACUUUAUUUAAGACGAAAUUCCUGGAAUUUAUCGAAUACUCAAUCCGUUCCCUGGCUGUUAUGGUGAAAGUGAAGAACAAACAACGAAAUUCGCCUAAAAGACUUGACCUGCAAAAGAUGAAAUUACCAAAUGCUUUUGAAAUGCACAUAAACAAGGAGAAACACAAGGUAUUGGGUAGAAAGAAUAAAACUGAUCGAGGACUACCGGGAAUAUCACGUGCAAAAGCAAUAAAUAAACGUAAAAACACUUUGCUGCACGAGUAUAAAGUGAAAGAUAAGACCAAUACAUUUUUAGACAGACGUAUAGGUGAAAAAGACUUUGCUAUGACACGAGAUGACAAAGUGAUGGCAAGAUUUGCUGCUGAACGAAUAAAAGUCCACAAGAAGAAGAAUAUAUUCAAUUUGAAUGAUGAAGUGGUAUUAACUCACAGAGGUCAGACUUUAGCUGAAAUUGAAAAAUUCGAUGAUCCGAGAAGCGAUGAUGACGAAUAUGUCGACGAUGAGAAUGAUAGUGGAAAACUGGAUAAAGAUUUUGUUAGCAAAGCUCAUUUUGGUGGCGGUAUGUUGUCUAAGUCGGAUGGGUUCACAUCUAGAAAGGAUUUGAUAGAACAGCUUAUAGCAGAGUCAAAAAAACGAAAAGCUGAGAAACAGAAAAUUAGGGAACAGACCACGGAUCUAACUGAGAAACUGGAUACCGAGUGGAAAGACCUUCUACCGAUUGUAAAUGCUUCAAAAAAAUUCACUGAAGGAAUAAUUGCUGAGAAACCAAAGGUUGACGAUUACGAUAUUGCUCUUAGGGAAUUGAAAUUUCAAGCUAGAGGCACACCAUCUAAUAAAUUAAAACCUGAAGAAGAGAUAGCUAGAGAAGAAAAAGAGAAACUGGAAGCCCUAGAGGCAGAUAGAUUGACUAGGAUGAAAGGAUUCCUCGGUAAUUCAAAAGAUGCAAAUAAACAUAAGUCAGUAGAUGACUUGGACGACGGAUUUUUCAUCGAAGAUUUCAAUAAGGAGAAGACUCUUACUUAUGGAAGCGAUGGUGUUGUAAAUUGCAUUAAUAAUGAGGAGAGUACAGAAAAAUAUGAUUUGAAUAGUGAAAUUGCUAAUGUUCAUGAAAGUGUAAGUGAUGAAUUUGAUGAAAGUAAAAAUUAUCAAAUUGAAUUUGAAUCUGAGUCUGUGGAUCGUAAAGAAGAUAAGUCUACUGAAACUCAAGUGGCCUUGCAGCUAAAUGUUAGUUCUCAUUCAAAAGAAGCAUGUAAACACAUAAUAGGUCCAAUAUUGCCUAAUGAGUUCAAAGAUUCAUUUGAUAAUAUUCCUGUUCUUAAUAUAUCUGACGAUCAUCCAUUUGGUAAAAAUGAAACAAGCAAGCAUCACAGUCCCUCUACAUUUUCCAAGACGAAUAAAAAUCCAAAGAGUACUUCUACCUUGGUGAAACUCUCACAGGUAAAAUCUGCCUUAGGCAAUGGUUAUGAAAAUUCGGAGUCGGAUGGUGACUCUGAAAUUCAAAAGAAUUUGGAUGAAAAUAGCGAGACCGAGGCUGAAGAUAACUUAUCAGACUUGAAAGUAGAUGAUUCAUCGAGCGAAGAAGAGGAAGGGUCUAUAAAGACGCAUGAAUUUCCAGCAAAUCUGGUGCAAAAAGAACCUCAAAAUGAGGGACAAAGCUUUACACUGUCAAAAUCAAUUUUUAACUCUACGAAAAACAAGGAAUCUGAGAUAGCAACAGUGUCUGCAGAAGAACGAAUUGAUCAGAUAAAAUUAGAUCUCUUGAAAAGAAAAGAAAUCAUGGAGAAGGCUAGACAAGAACUGCCAUAUACCUAUAAAGGACCGGAAAGCUUUGAAGAAUUACAACAAUUAUUAGAAAAUCUCAAUCCCGAUUAUCAGUCGGUUAUUGUCGAGAGAAUUAUUAAAUGCAAUCAUCAGUCGCUCGGAGGAAAUAAUAAAGAAAAAUUAGCACAGCUAUUUAUAUACUUACUUCAGUAUUUGAACAACUACGCAGCAAAAACUGAAGACACUGUCAAUUGUUUUCAAAUCUUUGAUCGAUUAUGCCCUCAUCUUUAUGAUCUUGCGCACGCUGAUCCAGAACACGCAAAAACCUGUAUUCAAGAUAUUUUAAAAGAGAAGCACAAAAAAUUUGAACUAUGCAAGAAAAAAUACCCAGGCCUAGACACUCUGAUUCUAUUUAAAUUGGUGUCUCUGCUAUUCCCAACUUCUGACUACAGACAUCCAGUUGUUACUCCGGCAUUGGUUUUCAUGUCUCAAAUUUUGUCGAGGUGUCGUGUUAGAAGUAGGAGUGAUCUGUCGAAGGGCUUAUUUAUCUGCACACUUAUUCUAGAAUUCACAUUAUUGUCUAAGCGUUUCUCUCCAUCGACGAUUAACUUUCUACGCGGGGUGAUACACAUGGGUACGCCAAAACCAUUUGUACAGAUCAUAAAAACAAUUCCUCCCUUCAAAUCCAAAGGAGAAUUCAGUAAUUUGUUAAUCCUAGAAAGUGAUCUGUCAAAAUCCAAAAUUAACCCAAAAUCAAAUCUCAUGUUUGCUGCUGAUUUGAUUGAGAAUGAAAUGGAUGACGAUUUUAAAAUGAGAACAUUUUCAACGGCGGUAAGCCUGGUAUCAGAAUUUAAAAUACAAAUCGAAGAACUGGAGGCAGCAUUGUCAAUAUUCGAACCGAUCAUCAAGCUUUUGAGCAUUAAUCAAUUCAAUAAUUACCCAGAAAGCAUAAAACAGCAAGUAACGAGGGUGUUGAAAGAUUUAAACUCUCUUGAAGACAAACAAUUGAAGUAUAUUACGCGCGAGAAAAAAAAGCCCAAAGCUUUGAAACUUUACGAGCCGAGAAUAGAGACUGUAUAUGACGGUAAGAAACACCGACCGAUGUCUAAGGAGAAGGCGGAGCGAGAAAAAUUGCUCUACAAAUACAAGAGGGAAGUCAAAGGAGCAAUACGAGAAGUUAGAAGGGACAGAACCUUCUUGGGCAAAGUACAGAUCAAGCAACAAAUAAAAAGCGACGAGGACCGCAAGAGAAGGGUCAAAGAAAUAUUCGGAGAUGCAGCGCUCCAACAAGGCGAGCUCAAUAAAAUCAAACGGACUAAAUAGUGCGUUUUCAAUUAUCGCGAGUGAAAACAAUGAAGGUAUAUUUUUCUGUACCGAUAAAUUAUAUAUUUUAUAGAUUGUACAGUUUAAUUAUAGAACUAGGCACUGUUUUGUAGUGAUGUUCCUGAUGAAAAUAACUUGACGAAAUUAUAAUUCGAACUCAGCAGCAAACAUUAAAUAACCAUUGUUUACAUA